AAUGAAUUUGUAACGCUUGAGCGAUUGUUUGAUGCGGAAAUGCAAGUGAAUUGAGUGAAAUUGUGUUAAAGUAUUACAAUGGAUCUGUCGCCAGACGAGGAACACUUCCAAGGACGGCUCCUACAUCAGGCGGCGCUAUGGGACAACCUGGAGCUGCUGGAGGAGCUGCUGGCGGGCGGCGCGGAGGUGGACGCGCGUGACGCCCACAUGCGCAGCGCGCUGCACGCGGCCGCGCUCGCCGAGCGGAGCCGCUGCCUGCCCGCGCUGUGUGCGGCCGGUGCUGACGUCGACGCCCGCUCCGACCACGAGACGGGGGGCAUGACAGCGCUUCACACGGCCGCCGAGCGCGGACACGUCGAAAACGUCAAAGCGCUGCUGACCGCUGGCGCUGAUCUCAGCGGGGUGACAGCCAGCGGGGAGACGGCGCUCGCACUCGCCGAGAGGGGGAGACAUCGACACGCCGCGAUGGCGCUGAGAGAGGCGAAGGAUGCAUUGGAAAGGGAGCGCGUGUCGCAGCAUGCUCAGCUGCGCGAGCUGGUGGUGCGUGGGGAUGCGACGGCGCUCCAGACCAGACUGACGGAACUUGGAUCAGCCGCUGGCAUUGUCGCCAACCUCACUCCCGGGGGCGCGAAUACGCUCUUAUAUGUCGCCUCCGAGCUGGGAGCGACCGCGGCCGCUGCGGCGCUGGUGGAGGCCGGCGCCGACGGCCGCGCGCACCCCGUCACGCGCUACGGACCGCUCUACAUCGCCUGUUACCAUGGACAUCUGGACAUCGCGCAGCUGUUGCUCCAACACUUCCCAGAAGCGAUACAGCAAGAGACCGUGGAGAAGUGGCUGCCGCUCCACGCAGCCUGUAUCGGCGGUCACCCCGCGCUCGUCACGCUGCUGCUGGAGUAUCCCUAUCCCGAGCACUUGCUCAACACAUAUACAGACGCGAGCGGCAAGUGGCAGUACCGGCUCGCGUUCGACGUGAACGCGCGCGACGCGAGCGGCCAGACGGCGCUGUACGUGGCCUGCACGCUCGGCAACGCCGCCGUCGUCGACGCGCUGCUGGCGCACACCGUGCCCGUGCACCAGCCUCAAACGACGAGCGCAGAACCCGUCCCGGUCCCGGUCCCGGUCCCGGUGCAGGUGCCGGCCGUGCAGAGUCCGCAACGAGCGGGCAUCUCGCUCGGGAUACACGCCAUCGUCAGCAAGCUCACCGGCGCCGCGAACAAGGCGAGCGCGGCGCCGGGCGCGGGCGCGGGCGCGGCGGGCGACGCGCUGCGCGUGCGCACCGUGCGCGCGGAGGCGGCGCGCGGCGCCGACAGCUGCGUGGCGUGCGCGGCGCGGCUCAACCACGCGCGCGUGCUGCGCCGCCUGCUCGCCGCCGGCGCGCGCCCCGACGCCGCCGCCGCGCCGCCGCCGCCGGAGUCGGAGGGUCGCGAGGCGCGGCGGCGCUCGCGCAGCGCGUCCGUCACGCGCACGCGCGCCUCCCCCUCGCCCUCGCCCUCCCCCGCCCGCUCCGCCUACAGCGACGACCGAGACGGCCCGUGGACCGCCCUGGCGGUGGCGGCGCGAGCGAAGCACGUGCAGGUGGUGGAGAUGCUGCUGGCGGCCGGAGCCACCGACCCCGGCGGCAGGGCGCUGCGCGAGUGCGCCCGCCACGGCCUGUCGGAGCUGCUCGCCGCGCUGCUCGCCACCAAGGCCUACCCCGACCCCGACUACAAGCUGGACAAGUCGCGCGUGUCGCAGAGCGUGCUGAGCGCGCGGGACGCGGACCCCGCGCUGUCGUACAGCGCGCGCUGCCCCACCACGCCCGUCAUGGUGAACUGGCGGGAGCUGCGCUGCCAGCUGGCGCGCCUGCGCAUGAGCUGGCUGGCGAGCGCCGCGCUGCGCGUCAACCCGCGCCUGGGCGCCGCCGGCAGCGCCGCGCUGGCCGUCACCCGCCUCGAGCUGGCCAACAACGAGCUGCGCCUGCUGCCCCGCGAGCUGUUCUCGCUGCUCAGUCUGAGAUAUCUCAACGUGGCGCAGAACAAGCUGGAACGUCUGCCGACGGCGGAGGACCCGUUCGAGGACGAGGUGGAGGGCCGGCGGCGCGGGAAAAAGCAGCCGAAGCGCAGCAGCGACGUGUAUACCGCGCCCGUGCUGCAGGAGCUGUACUUGCAGGACAAUCGUCUGGAGGAACUUCCGCCGGAACUCUUUUCCCUCCCCUCGAUGACAAGCCUGGACGUUUCCAACAACAAGCUACGCGCGUUACCACCACAGAUGUGGCAAGCUCCAGCGCUGCGAGACCUCAAUGCCGCGCUCAACCACCUCAAAGACCUGCCGACAGGAGAUGAGGGCGUACCGGAGGUGCAGCAGCAAGCCUCCCCCUCGGAGUCCUCGUCGCCCAGCGCCUCCCCCUCCGUCCACUCCGCACCGUUCGCUUUCGACCAAUCAAAUUCAUCUUCCCGAAGUCCAUCUCUGGACGUGAGCGAGUCCUCUCCCGACGAAGACGACAUCCCCACGCUCGGUAACCGCGCCGGAAAUGCCGUAUGGUCGGAGGCGCGGCGCGCGCACGCGUGGCGCGGGGCCCGGGCGGCGUCCCCCGCCCGCAGUGCGGAGCCCCCCUCCGAGGGCAGCUGCCUCACGUCUCUCAACUUGGCUCACAACCAGUUCUCGUGUGUGCCGGCCCCCCUCGCAUGUCGAGCUCCGGCACUGACCAGGCUCAACAUGGCCUACAACAAUCUCAGGUCCAUGUCGUACGUGACGUCGUACCCGACCAGCCUGCGCCAGCUGGACCUGAGCCACAACGAGAUCACGUGCUGGCCGAGCCUGCCGCAGGUGGAGAGCUUCGGCUCGGGCGGCGCGGACCCGCUGCGCUGCUACUGCGCGCGCCGCGCCGCCCGCGCGCGCCCGCGCUCCUCGGGCUCCGUGCGCGCGCAGCUGCUCAGCGCCGCCUGCCCCGCGCGCCGCCACCUGCGCCUCGAGGGGCUGCGCACGCUGAUUUUAGCCAACAACAUGCUAACACGUAUCCAGCUGACGACGGACGACGACGGACUCGUGCCGGCGGCGGAACCCAGCAGUGACGAAAACGACGACGAAUGGAGCAGUCGCGGCUCCCUGAAGGCGCGGCUGCUGUUCCCGCUGCUGUCGAUGCUGGACGUGUCGAGCAACCUGCUGCGCGCCGUGCCGCCCGCGCUGCACCUGCUGACCAACCUCGCCGUGCUCAACCUCAGCGGGAAUAAAGACAUCACCGACUUGCCGCCCCAGAUGGGCCUGCUGACCCGCCUCUGGAACCUGAACACGGUGGGCUGCUCGCUGCAGGAGCCGCUGCGCUCCGUCGUGCGCGGCGGACGGUGUCGCAGUGUGGACGUGGUGGGCUACCUGCGCUCCGUGCUGCAGGAGGCCAAGCCCUACGCGCGCAUGAAGCUAAUGGUGGUCGGAGUGCAGGGCAUCGGCAAAACCAGUCUGCUGGAGUGCUUGAGGCAGGAGUCCGCCAUUCAUCACCGGAGGAAACCGACGGAACACUGGGCGAAGCGCAUGGGCAACAAGUCAUCCCGUCGCGGCAUGUCGACCGUGGGCGUGGACAUCGGCGCGUGGGUGUACGAAUCGCAGCGCUCGCAGCGCGGCCCGCUCACCUUCCGCACCUGGGACUUCGGGGGGCAGCAGGAGUACUACGCCACCCACCAGUACUUCCUAUCGAAGCGCUCCCUCUACCUGGUCGUAUGGAAGGUCACCGACGGGAGGAAAGGACUCGCAAGCGCCUUGCAAUGGCUGAGGUCGAUCCAGGCGCGCGCGCCGGGCUCGCCCGUCAUCAUGGUGGGGACGCACUACGACCAGGUCAACAACAGCAAGAUGAGCGAGAGCGAGAGUCCGAUGGCGCUGCAGCGCCUCAUCCGCGGGGCGGUCAUGGCGGCGCCCGACGCCGACAAGCUGGGCCUGCCGCGCGUGCUCGACUCCGUCGAGGUGUCGUGCAGCACGCGCCACAAUAUCAAACUCCUCGCCGACAUCAUCUACUCCGUGGCCUUCAGCGUCAAACCUCCCGGCAGCAAGGAGCCGCUGCUGGAGCAGCGCGUGCCGGCGACGUACCUCGCGCUGGAGGAGUGCGUGCACGCGCUGGCCGCCGACCUCAAGGAGCCCGUGCUGCGCCACGAGCAGUACAAGCGCCUGGUGACUCAGUACAUGCAGCAGAAGAAUCUCCGAAUGUUCCGCGACGCGGCCGAGCUGCACCAGGCGACCAUGUUCCUUCAUGAAAACGGCGUGCUGCUGCACUACGACGACGCCACGCUGAAGGAGCUGUACUUCGUGCGGCCGCAGUGGCUGUGCGACGUGCUGGCGCACGUGGUGACCGUGCGGGAGGUCAACCCCUUCGCCAGCAACGGCAUCAUGCGCGUCGAGGACCUGUGCCACGUGUUCAAGGCGUCGCCGGCGCUGGGGGCGGGCGACGAGGCGCGCUCGCUGGGCGCCUCGCUGCUCAACAAGUUCGAGCUGGCGCUCUGCUGGGACGCGCGCUCGCUGCUCGUGCCGCCCCUGCUGCCCGAGCGGGAGCCGCGCUGCCCGCAGCUGGCGCUCAAGUCGCGUGCCUGGCCCGGCACGCCGCGCCGCGCCGCGCCCCCCGCCGCCCUCUCCGCCGCCCUCUGCGCGCCCCGCGGGACCGACUCGCCGCUGCUCAUACGUGAGUCGCUGCCCGAGUGCGCCGGCGCCGCCCGCGCCCGGGGCGCCGCCCUAACGAGCCCGUCGGCAGAGGACGGCGGCGGCGUCUCGGUGGCGGCGCGCGCGGGGGGGCGCGGCGUGCGGCGCCUGCUGCUGCUGUCCUACGUGCCGCGCGGCUUCUGGGCGCGCCUGUGUGCGCGCGUGCUGGCCGACCCCGCGCUGGCGCUGCACGCCCCCGCGCUGUACUGCGCGCCCCGCGAGAUGGAUAUCGACGAGAGCGUGGCGAAGGCUCUCGAUUUCAACUGGUCGUGGAAGCUCUGGAAGACCGGUCUCAAGCUGGUGUGCGGGGAGCUGGUGCUGCUGGCGCUGCGCGAGCUCCCGCCGCGGUACGACCCCCUCCUGGGGGCCGUGGGGGACGAGGACGAGCCCGACGAGCUCUACCACUCGAUCAGGUUCCGCGUGCGCGCGGAGGGCACGUGGAGCGAGCUGGACGUGCAGUCCUCGGCGUGCGUGGAGCUGCUGCUGCCCGCGCAGGUGUGCGUGGUGCGGCGGGACGACGGCUUGCCGCUCGCCGGCUGUCAGAGCCUCAGUCUGGAACCGAACCCCGAAGUGUUAACGAAGGUGCUAGCUUUGGUGUCCGACCAUGUGGACUUGUUGCUCGAAGAUUGGUACCCAUCCCUCGGUACCCGCUUUGUGCACACGUCGGAGGGCCGCUGCCUGAUCACCCGCGUGGCCCCCUGCCCCGCGUGUCUCACCGACGCACAGAACGAGGCGCACGACUCGCACCACGCGCACCAGCACGAGCCCGACAAACACUUCGCACAGGUUUUCAAAAGGUUAGAGCUCGGCGGCGGAGAGCCGCGGCGGCUGCGGCUCUCCGAAGAGUCGCGAGCCUCGGAUGGCGACAGUGGAGUAGGAGCAGAGUCCAACACGUCGUCUCGCAUGGGCUCGUCCGAGGGCGUCUGCAGCAGUCCGGCGCUCGUGGCCACGUGCUGGACGCUAGAGGAGUGCGUGCUGGCCGCCUGCACGUCCGCCCCCCUGCGCUGUCCGCACCACCCCGACGUGCAGCUGGCCGACGUGGCACCCGACACGCUCCUUCUGGACGUGGAGGAGGAAAAACGUGCCCGCUGGGAGCACAUCACUCGCACGGCCGUCGCCGGUCGCGGAGCCUUCGGUACCGUCCUCACUGGCACGUGGCGGCGUCCCGGGGCGAAGCCCUGUCCCGUCGCAGUGAAGGCGCUCCAGCCCGUGGCCCCGCCCUCCGCGCACGACAUAGCAGCUAUGCAGGCGUAUAAGGCGGCCGCGUCCCGCUGGGAGCGCGACGCGCAGGGCGGCGCGUGCCGCGCGUACUGCGGGCUGCGCCAGGAGCUGGGCAUCCUGUCGCGCCUGCGCCACCCGCACGUGCUGCCGCUGCUGGCCGCGUGCGCCGCGCCGCUGGCGCUGCUGCUGGCCGAGGCGCCGCGGGGCUCGCUGGAGGGCGCGCUGCGGCGCUACCGGGGCUGCGGCGCGCGCGUGGGCGUGCGGGCGGCCGGCGCGCUGGCGCUGCAGGUGGCGCGCGCGCUGGAGUACCUGCACGCGCAGCGGGUGCUCUACCGGGACCUCAAGUCGGAGAACGUGCUGGUGUGGUCGCUGCCGUCGCCGCAGGAGGCCGAGGAGGCGGAGUGCGGUCCCGACCCCAUCGACGUGCACGUCAAGCUGGGAGACUACGGUAUAUCCCGUCUGGCCCCGCCGUCCGGGACUAAGGGCUUCGGCGGCACGGAGGGCUUCAUGGCGCCCGAGAUCAUGAGGUACAACGGAGAGGAGGAAUACACCGAGAAGGUCGACUGCUUCUCCUACGGGAUGCUGCUCUACGAAAUCUUCACGCUGCGACAACCGUUCGAGGGCCACGAGGCGGUCAAGGAAGCCGUGCUCGAAGGAGCCCGGCCGCCGCUGUCGCCCAGGGACCUGGAGUACCCGUGCGGCAUGCUGGAGACCAUGCGGCGCUGCUGGAGCGGCGCGCCCGAGCUGCGGCCGUCGGCGGCGGCGCUCACGGCCGUGUGCGCGGCGCCCGAGUGGCGCGCCCUGCAGGACGCCGCCGCCGCGCGGCCCGCGCGCGCCGCCGCCGCCGCCGCGCUGCGCCUGCCCGGCGCCCCCCCCGCCGCCGCCGCCGACGUGUGGUACGCCGGCGCCGAGCCCGAGCGCGCGCACUCGCUCACCGCCACCGCCGCCGCCUUCGCGCACCACCACACGCUGCGCGUGCCGCCCGACAAUGCGGAGCCGGUGCUGGUGACGGCCAUGUGUCGCGUGGGCGCCGACAUGUGGCUCGGAGACUCCGUCGGCAGAAUAUUCGUCUACACCAUUGCGACGUGCGCGCUGUCGUGGAGCGUCCGCCUGCAGGACGCGGUGGGCGGAGCGCCCAGUGCCGUCGCAGACCUGCAGCUGCUCGCACCGCUACCUAAGGUCGCCGUCGCGCUCGCGUGUGGCAGACUGUUUCUGGUGACGUCGGAGCGACCGGAGGAAGAGGGCAGCUUCGUGCUGACGGAGCUCGGCGCGGCCACCGAGCUGAGCUGCCUCGCCGCGGUGCCGGCCGAGGACGGCGUGGAGGUGUGGGCGGGGGGCCCCGAGCUGCACGCGUACGCCGUGCGCGCGGAGGGCGUGAGCGCGGCCGAGCAGCUGCGCGCGCCCGCCCGCCUGGCGCUGCUCUGCGCUGCGCCGCUCGCGCGCUCCGUGCUCGCCGCCGCGCGCGCCGACGUGUUCGUGUACGCGUGGUGCGCGCGCACGCGGAGCCCCACGGCGCGCCUCGACUGCAGCAAGCUGGUGCCCUGCUCCGAGAGCCUGCAGUCCAUCGCCAUCGACGAGCACCUCGGGGCGGAGCGCUGCAUGGUGACGGCGCUGGCGGCGUUGGGCGAGCAGGCGCUGGUGGGCACGGCGUGGGGCUGCGUGGUGGUCGCGCACGCCGCCUCGCUGCGGCCGCUCACCGUGUUCCGCCCCUACGAGGAGGAGGUGCGCGCGAUCGUCCCGCUGCCGCCGGGCGGCGACCGCCGGCAGACGCAGCUCGUCACCUUCGGCGCCGGGUACCGCCCGCUGCUGCAGAGAUACGCCCCUGCACAGUCCAACAACACGACGACCUACUCCGGCUUCUACUGCUUGCUCUGGAACGCCCAGCACUGGCUGCCGGACUAGCCGCCUCGCGCGUCGGCUCGCGCGGGGCCUGCGAUUUCUGGGACGAUGUCACGAAUGCGGAUGUUGGAAGCGUCGUUUUUUCGAAUUUAUUAUAUUUGUAAUAAAAAACGGCCAAAACAUAUUUAUAUUUGCUUUCAGGUAAGGUCUAAAACGUGCGAUCGUUUUGCGGGUUGCGUUUUAUAGAAGUGCCGUCUGUUAUGGCAGACGAAUGGCGCAGGAAUACAUUUUGUACGUUCCGAUGGCAGGAGGUGUGAGAACGGACCUUAGAGUUACACUUUCUAUGCGAUUACGGCUCAGCUGUGCUAUGCCCCACACAGGCAGCAUUUGACAUUUAUUUAUAUGCACUUUAAUUUGACUUCCAAAAUAACGCAAGUGACGACUCGCGACUUUCGCGACAUUUUCCGCGACUCCAUAAUGAGAGUAUUUGUAUACUUUCUGUUAAGUGUUAAAAUAUAAGUCUGAUUUUCACUUGAAGUAUUACGGUGAGUUUGAAUGGACUGUUUAGCCAAAAGACUAAUUUAUUUAACUAUCAUAAUUAUAGUAAUUACAAAAAACUAUUAAGACCGUUAACGUUACAGCUGCAUGUGAUACACGAGCCGCCUUAGACAAAUGCGGAGCGGUUUGUGUUUGGUUAUAGUUCUAGAUCAUUCUACGGAACUGGAUCGUCAAAGUCAUUAGUCAUGUUCCAGACAAACGCGCUCCGUCUUAGACUGCAGGUCUGUAUCGUACUUAACAUCAGCUAUGAACGUCGUCAAGCGUAAAAUGACAGAUAAUAAUCAAUCAUUUUGUUGGGAAACAUCCCCAAACUUCACAUCACAACAAUUUAAUUUGUUUAAAUUAUUAUAAGAGCCGAGAUGGCCCAGUGGUUAGAACGCGUGCAUCUUAACCGAUGAUUUCGGGUUCAAACCCAGGCAGGCACCACUGAAUUAUGUGCUUAAUUUGUGUUUAUAAUUCAUCUCGUGCUCGGCGGUGAAGGAAAACAUCGUGAGGAAACCUGCAUGUGUCUAAUUUCAACGAAAUUCUGCCACAUGUGUAUUGCACCAACCCGCAUUGGAGCAGCGUGGUGGAAUAUGCUCCAUACCUUCUCCUCAACGGGAGAGGAGGCCUUAGCCCAGCGGUGGGAAAUUUACAGGCUGAUUAUGUUAUGUUAUGUUUUUAUUAUCAUUUUCAUAUAAAACUAAUUUGUCCAUCGUAUACUGUACUAGGAAUAUUUUUAUAUCUGUGAUGUUGAAAUUAUGACAUGUUUAUAUUUUUUUCGUCACUUGGAAUAAGAGUUAGUUACGUAAAUAACUCACUACUCCCCAUUACAUUAAAAUAUUAAUCUACGAUUUGAACUUGAAAUUAUGUAAUUUGCUUUUAUUGGAUGGUGAUUGGUCGACGGCAGCUGAUCUCAAAAUUUACGACCAAUGAGCUUCAAGUAUUUAACCAGUUCAAUAAAUUUGGAUCUCAGUGUCUAAUAGUGUCUGUGGUUUUGUGGAUGAAUCUUAUGUUUUCUUUAUGUUGUGUUUAUUUUAAAAAUAUACGGUCUGAGUUAAAUAACCCGUUAGAGACAAAAACUUUAACUUUAAUGAAGGCGUUUUAUA